UCAUCUCUCUCUACCCACUUAUAAUUAUUUUCCUCUCUCUUUAAAACUAAACCCCUCUUCAUAUCCAUAUCCAGGUAUCUUCUUCUCAAGUUUCCUCCAUGAGCUCUCGAAACAAAAACAAAGCAGCUCUUUAUCACAAAUUAGAGAAGCUUCGCUCUGCUUCUAAUUCUUCUUCUGUAAAUCAAGCAUCUAUAGUGGUGGAUGCAUCCAGAUAUAUCCAAGAGUUAAAGGAGAGGGUGGAAACACUAAAUCAAGAUGUCGCGUCUCUACCAAAUUCCACGGUGAAAGUGGAAACCCUAGAAAAGGGAUUCCUAAUUAACGUGUUGUCUGAUAAAAACUGCCCCGGUUUGCUUGUUUCGAUUCUAGAAGCCUUUGAGGAGUUAGGUCUUGAAGUCCUUGAUGCUAGGGUUUCUUGUUCCCAUCAAUUUCGUCUUGAAGCCGUUAGUGAGAACGAAGGGCCGUCCGAUAGCAUAGAUGCUCAGGUAGUUAAACGGGCAGUGUUGCAAGCGAUUAGGAAUUCGAAUGAUGAACAGCAGGAUUAAUUAGUUAUAAGUUUAAUGUAAUUUUACUUUUUACUAUUAAUUGUGUUUCAUUUGACUAUAUGAAAAAAAGAAAGAUUCCCAUGUUAGUACUUAACAAAUGUUCUUGCUGUAAACGAGAAAUAAAAAUAUAUAUGGAAGAAAAUAGAAGUAUUGGGCCUGAACUAGAAUUGGGCUAAUUAGAUUAACUAGCUUAGGUUGAUACGGAAGCCCAACACUCAUUUAUAUUCUAAAUAGCCCAUUAAAAAAUAGGAAGGCAGUGGGCCACAGUUCUUGCUUGUAUGAAUUUUGUCUUUGGUUUGUGUUGUUUUGAAGAUGUAUUGUGCCUCAAUUCAUGUUUGUCUGCAAAUGACGACGAUGAUAUUAUAUCGACCCUUUUACUCAAUUGAUUUUUAUCAA